AUGGGGCACAAGUUUCUCUCAUCUCGAUUAUUGGUGCACGAACUAUCUGUUUCCGGUCAUGCAGCGUUUUCAACCAGGUGCUCGGGUCUAGAGCAUCAAAGGCACCAGCUCCAAUUAUGCCUCUAUACACACUCACACUUAUACCCAAGAGCUCGUCAUACAACUUGUUCACUUUCCAGGAGGCAACUGGAAAGGCGAUUUAUUAGUACAUCCGAAGUCAAGCGCCCGGAUGUGACCACGCCAGAUGGCCUGGUAGAAUCACCAGUAGUAUUAAGAAGGGCUCAGAAGCAGGCAUCCUCAACUUCAAGUAAGGUCGUUGAGCGCAGCAAAGAGUGGGAUACAGACUCCUCUUUGAUACGCAACCCUUGGGCCAUAGCUCUAGCAACUUUAUGGCUACUUCCUACGUCACUCCUAGAAACUGAGCUGAAUGAAAUGGAGAUUGAUCCUAACGCCAAAGUCACUGCUGGUGACAAUGACGCUUCCGCGGUCAGUGAGAUUCUCAUGGACGACAGCACUGCGAAAAUGCGCAAACGAAGAACAGCAUUCCCAUCUGUCAGAGUUACAAAUAGCGGAACAAUCCUCGACAUGUUGUCAAACCCAAAGUUCUCGAAUAUUAGUAAAGGCCUGAUUCCUCCUUCAUGGAAAUUGCCGCAGGGGCCACUCACGAAAAGCUCUAUGCAAACACUAGUCUGGAGAGGAGAUAUGUCUGAUUAUGCGCUCAAGGCAAUGCGAAAGGAUAUAUUGAGAUGUCUCAAGAAAAUACUACGUGUUACACCGAAAAUAGAGAAACAGCGAAGGCGAGAUACAUGGACGCCUCUGAAUAUUGCUGGACAUCCCAUCACUCAGAGUACAUUGGAGAGUUCCCUGAAACAACUGCCGGAAUUGAGAGAUAUACGGAGCGGAAUGGUUUUAAUUCUUCGUGGCAACCAUCAUUCCACGGAAAUAAACAGUAAUCCCGAUUGCAAUGCCUCCUCAACGGCUCCCGAAAACCCUUCCUUUGACCUGGCUGAACUCCCGGUGCACGAGUCACAGGUUCCGGUUUUCGAUCUUACGAAAAUGUUAUCUGAAGGUGAACUCCAAGAAAUUCGUCAACUUGGGGAAGUAUUUCAGGGAGAUGCUCUAUAUUUUAUACCUGCAUCGAGGAAGUCUGCUUUAUUUGCCUUAGACCUCUGGCGUCUAAAGUCGUUCCUUAUGGAACGCAACGAGAAAGAAUCAUCUUUUCCCCGUUGA